AUGAUGCGGCUGUGGCGCUCGGCGCUGCUGCGGGAGCUUCUGCUGCUCGGCCCGCCGGGGGCGGCCGGCGGCGGCGGCCCGGGUCCCGGCGCCGGCCCCAGGCGCCUUCCGCCGCCGCUGGCCGCCUUCGGCGCGAGCCCCCCCGCCUCCCGCCGCGGCCCGCGGCUGCUGCCGCCGCCGCCGCCCUCGGCGCGGGGUUUGUGCACUCGCUCGGAGGGAGCCCUGGAGGAGCCGGGGAAGGGGGCGCAGGCGCCGCCGCCGGCCCCCGGGGAGCCCCCCGCCGACAGCGGCCACAACAAUAACCACGGCGGCGGCAAGGAGCUGGCCGGAGGCGGCGGCGGGGGGGAGAAUAAAAUAAAGCAAGGUCUCCUUCCUAGCUUAGAAGAUCUACUUUUCUAUACUAUUGCAGAAGGACAAGAAAAAAUACCAGUUCAUAAAUUCAUAACCGCACUCAAAUCUACAGGAUUACGUACCUCUGAUCCCCGAUUGAAAGAGUGCAUGGAUAUGUUAAGACUGACCCUUCAAACAACUUCAGAUGGUGUUAUGCUGGACAAAGACCUUUUUAAAAAGUGUGUACAAAGUAAUAUUGUGUUGCUUACUCAAGCUUUCAGGAGGAAGUUUGUCAUUCCAGAUUUUAUGUCGUUUACUUCACAUAUUGAUGAGCUGUAUGAAAGUGCUAAAAAACAAUCUGGAGGAAAGGUUGCUGACUAUAUUCCACAACUGGCCAAGUUCAGCCCUGAUUUGUGGGGUGUUUCACUUUGCACAGUGGAUGGACAGAGGCAUUCUGUUGGUGAUACCAAAGUUCCAUUUUGUCUUCAGUCCUGUGUAAAGCCUUUGAAAUAUGCUAUUGCUGUUAAUGAUCUUGGCACAGAGUAUGUGCACAGAUACGUUGGUAAAGAGCCUAGUGGACUAAGAUUCAACAAGUUGUUCCUGAAUGAAGAUGACAGGCCUCAUAACCCUAUGGUGAAUGCUGGAGCAAUUGUGAUCACGUCUUUAAUCAAGCAAGGAGCAAAUAACGCAGAAAAAUUUGACUACGUGAUGCAAUUCAUGAAUAAAAUGGCUGGUAAUGAGUAUGUUGGAUUCAGUAAUGCGACGUUCCAGUCCGAAAGAGAGAGUGGAGAUAGGAACUUUGCAAUUGGCUAUUACUUAAAAGAAAAAAAGUGCUUUCCUGAAGGCACGGAUAUGGUUGCUAUACUAGACUUCUAUUUUCAGCUUUGCUCAAUAGAAGUAACGUGUGAAUCGGCAAGUGUGAUGGCAGCAACUCUGGCUAAUGGUGGCUUUUGCCCAAUCACUGGUGAAAGAGUACUGAGUCCUGAAGCAGUCCGGAAUACCUUGAGUUUAAUGCAUUCCUGUGGCAUGUAUGACUUCUCAGGACAGUUUGCCUUCCAUGUUGGUCUUCCUGCAAAAUCUGGAGUUGCUGGUGGGAUUCUUCUGGUUGUUCCUAAUGUCAUGGGCUUGAUGUGUUGGUCACCUCCUUUGGACAAGAUGGGCAACAGUGUUAAAGGAAUUCACUUCUGUCAUGAUCUGGUUUCUUUGUGCAAUUUCCAUAACUACGAUAAUUUGAGACACUUCGCAAAAAAGCUUGAUCCUCGCAGAGAAGGUGGUGAUCAGCGGGUGAAGUCUGUGAUAAAUCUGCUGUUCGCUGCCUACACGGGGGAUGUGUCUGCACUCCGGAGAUUUGCUCUGUCAGGGAUGGAUAUGGAACAAAGAGACUAUGACUCACGAACAGCCCUGCACGUAGCAGCUGCGGAAGGACAUGUGGACGUUGUUAAAUUUCUGCUGGAAGCAUGCAAAGUGAAUCCUUUCCCCAAAGACAGGUGGAAUAACACUCCUAUGGAUGAAGCUUUACAUUUGGACACCAUGAUGUUUUUAAAAUUCUUCAAGAAUAUCAGGUCCAAUAUACGCCAUCAGAGGAUUCCAACAACGGAAAAGAGAACCGAACGGUUCAUAAAAAUCUGGAUGGCUUACUAUAAUCGUCUUCAGCUAGAUCCUAAGAAUCAGAUCACUUACCUAUUUAAUUGUGGUAUACAUAAGUAAUGAAGAGCGUGUGUGUUUCUAUCUGAUAGUGGUAUAUAUUUUACAGAAGUCUCUGUUACUUCGGUGUUAUGUUGCAGGAGUUUCUAUACGCACAGGACAAAUCCAAUCUCUUCUCUAAAGAAACAAAACCAACUAAGAAUCUCCCUCCAUAAUGUGAGCAAUAUUACCUCAUGCUGCAUAUAAUUGAUGUAUAAAAAUAUUUAGCUGUUGUUGGCUUUACUGUGCACUACUUAAUUUAUUUUUGUGUUCUAUGUGAACUCUAGUCUGUGGUCAGGAAUUUUUCUGCUGAUUUUUGUUUCUAUAGCCCUCUGUUUCCAGUAUGGCCAAGAUGAGCCAGAGUACUGUCAGGUGUGAGCGUCAGUGAGGUUUUUCAAAAGCUGAGGAUGCCGAUUGUAGAUUUAGGCUGGGUGUGUUAAGUAAGGAUCUGCACUUACCUUUGGGAAAAAAUAAAAGAUUUCCACACAACCUUGUUUACAUAAUAUAAAUAUCAACAGAGUAUAUAGGUGACAGUUGUCAGUGGUCUAGGCUUGUUCUUAGAGAUAGUCUUGUCAGGGAAUCUGUUCUAAGGUUUGUUUGACCAAAUGGCAUAGGGGAGUGUGACUUGUAACAUCAAACAGCGUUCAGUGGGUUUUUUGGUUUCGUUUUGGAAGCGUUUCUUUCAGUUCCCUUUGUCUCGCCUUCCUCCUCUCUCACCUUGUUCAGCUGCUAAAUUACUUCCCCGUCACUGGGGAGAGCGGGUGCUUCCACUCCACGCAGUCGUGUUCCUUGCAGGUAUGUUUGCACUGCAGCAAGCCUUGACAAGCUGCAAAAACCCCCUUUUGGGCUCACGUGUGGUGUUCUUGGCAGUCACACCAGGAACCGGCAAGGGGAAUGGAAGCGUGUGAUCGGCAAAGUACUAACCCAAAUAUUACAUGUAAAUCUGACCUAGUUUAGGCUUGUAAUAAGGAACACGGAUGGAGUGAAACAGCUUUAAGGAGCAUAGAGCCAACCAAAGCCUGAGCAGGGCAGGAGAUAAACCAAAUUUUUGGGUAUGUUCUCUUCUUGCGCUACCAUCAACCAGGGAGCAGGAUAUUGCAUCAGUGGGGUUCCGCUGGUGUAGAACAGGAGUUCAGCAACAGGAGCACAAGUAGGUGUGAUGCCUUCUGCGGUGAACGGUGGCAUUUAUUGUCUUGCCACUGAAGCCAGCUCGGCACGUGCUCCGUUGUGGGAAAUGUAGAUGCGGAUGUUUGUUGUUUGCAGAAGUACAAUGUUACGACAGUUCCCCAUCCCACGUGCAAUUGCUUCUGCCAAUACUGCAGCAUAAAACCUCAGAAGUGAGCAGUCGCUUAAGAGUGCGAUAUUCACAAAACACCAUAGUUGUUGGACAUAGGUAAGAAUUUUAGUACAAGAAUUUUAGGCAAGGAUCGUUUAGCACAUGGAAGAGGAGAUUGUGCUUGAGAAUUGCGUAUAUGGCUAUUUUUAUCCUAGCACAUAGUGUACAAGUCACUAGUAGAUCUCAAAGUCCAAAUUUUCUGCUUAGGCACCAAAAUCCUCCUGAAAUAAUGCGCGAAUUCUUUCUAGAAUGGCCCAAGCACUUUAUAAAGAUGGUCUGAACCACGUUAUCCUCCUUUUGCAAAUGGGUACACUAAGGCAUGGAGAGAAGUGACUUCUCCAGAGUGACCCAGCAGGUCAGUAUAGUUGAGAAUAAAUCCUCUCGAGUUCCUGUACAGUCUCUCGUUGAUAUGCCAUACUGCCUCCCUGUAGGGAGGACAAAUCCCAUGGAAAAGUGCUUGAUACUCAUCACAAGCAGUGACUGUCUUCAUGAUGAUGGAAUCUUGGAAGAGUCUGAAAGUCAAAAGCCCUGAAACCACAUUUCGAAGCUGGCUGGCAUGGUUAUCAAACACUUUUUCUCAAGAACCUUACUGUUCUUAAGCUGCUCUUAAGCUGCUCUUUUUUUUCUUUUUUUUUUUUUUCCUGAAGAUCAGCUAUUUUUCUGAAGGCUUUUAACCCGUUCUUUUCAUGUCCUGUGUCACAGGCACCUUAGUUCUAAUUAAGAACUAAACGAAAUGGCCUCUGGCUUUUUACUGAGCCAUGUCGGUCACUGAGUAGCACAAGGCCUCUUCUCUGCUGCACCCUGAACUAAAUUCCAACGUGUUUUCUCUAGCAAGAGAUCUGUCAACUUCAGAGUAAAGGAAUGGUUUUCAGAUGGACUCUAGUAUUCUGUACCUCAGUGCUAAUCUGACUUCUUCCAUAUUUUUUUUCCUAUUAAAACAUACCCUUUAGCUUCUCAGAAAAAUACCUGAUUCAGCUUUAUUUAACUGAAAUUUGCAUUGCUCAAACUGGCAUUUUUAAAAGAUAAGUAUAAUAUUCUAUAAUACACAUAUAUACGAAAAAACCAAAAGAAGGCAUUUUAACUGAGUUAACAUUAAAGAUUAUGGCUGUCCCUAAACUUAACGCUUUCCUGAAUCAUACUGAGUGCUUUUAGCCGGUCUUAGCUUCAGUGCAUUUUUGCUGGUUAGUUUUAGUAUUUUCUCAUUGUGAGAAGAUGCAUUAUUUUGUAAUGUCCAAUUCAGCGAUGCAGCUAUUUAGACAUGGCGUUAUUUAUAAGUAUAAAUAUAUGCAGUACAUUGGUUUGGCUGUUCAUCAUUCAUGACACUGACACGUAGAUUUUAACGUAAAUAGCUUUUGGUUAUCUUAUCAAAUGCAGACUUCCUUAUGCUCCAAAGAGGAUUCCCCCACUCCUUUGUUAUUAUGUCGUAUAUGUUUCUUCUGUAUCACAACCUAAAAUCGUUAAGCUAACUUAAUGCUUUGUACUCAGAAAUAUUGUGAUAGUCUUAGCAUUAAUUAGCCCAUCUUUGUGGACAAAAUGUAUUGUACCAGAUUUUUUUUUUUGCUUCUGAGCUGGACUAUCAGUGACUGUACUUAUCGGCAGUGUACUUCUGGUCAUUGUAACUGACUGGGCUGAUCUUGACUUCUAGAUUCUGUAUUGUGGGCAAUAGACAGUGAUGAAUGUAUUUCUAGCAGUUUCCCAUGAAUGAAUCUAAACUUGAGCUGUACUGGUUCUGAAAAUGAAAGUUAUUUAUUUUAAGAGAUAAAAUCCAGAUAGUGUUGCUUUUUACAGCAUAAUAAAUGGAAAUACCAAGAU